AGGAUGGAAGAUGAAUGAAGUGUCUAGCUAGCAAUUAGCUAGCGAUAUCAACAUCCUUACAGCGUUUUUACUUUCACUAGUAUGUUGGAACAAAAAAACGCGGAAUAAUAAAGAUUUUGGGGGCUGUGCAGAAGACCUACAUAUUUGGUUCUGCCUGCUUGUCACGCAAGUUACGCGGACAGCUAGUUAAUGUGGAGGUCUUGCUAAUAACAAACGUUAGCAUGCACUGGAAGGAGUCACCUGGGGCGGAUGCGAAAUUGUCUGAAUGAACGGAAAACACACCAUCGCGAGGAGGCUGAGGUGACAGUGCCAUCAUGUACUCGAGCCCCAACAUCCGCAUUAAGUCCAGCUGCAACAGCAACAGCAUCACUGAGCUGCUGGGUGCCCUGUGUGACUGCAGCCUGUCUGGGGUGUCAUGGAAACGCCGUGCCCUGGGUGGUGUCUCAAGAGAAGGCUUCCGCAGAGCUCUCAAGAAGUGUGCCUAUGGUGCCCUGCUGUCAAAGCUAUUUCAGGAUGGCACCAAAGGGUCUGCCUCAGGACCAAGUGCCACAGCUAGUACACCGGCCAAAAACAAAGUCCUGAUGAUAUGUUUUGACUUGCGGGUGGCAGGGUGCCGAGAGGAAGCAGAGAGGUUGGAGGAGCUGCUGGAGAUGCUGCAGGAGGGAGCAUCCUCCGGUCUAAAGGAAGUAGACGCAGUCCUUGAGCUCUUGGUACAUCUAGCUGGUUCAGCACCUCCACCCCCUACGUCUUUCAGCAGGGACUACAUGAGACAAGAGAGGCCCGUGCUGCGGAGGCCUCGACCCUGGGGCUACCAGAGCGAGGAGCUGCAGAGGCUAGAGGCUCGGGCGUGGGGACUGGUGUGUGGGGAGGAAUGGGGGACUCUGGAGAGUUUGUGUGGAACUCAGAGGUUGAUGGAUGCCCCUCCAGGCACAGGGCUGCUGGCUCUGGGAACUAAAUUGGAAACGGAAGAAAGAUUUGAGAGGGAGACCAGGAUGACGCUGUUCGGAGCACUGCAGCACACUCGCACCUCAGACAUAGACAUAAGACUGGACCUGCCUCCUGUUCCCAGUAACAUUGAUGUCACUGGGCUGCCUAUAAGGGUCCCGCCAUGUUUGGAUCAGUCUGAGGACGAGGGCUUCCAGUCAGCUUCCAACUUGACCCCAGACUCACAGUCAGAGACCAGCCCUGUUCCAGACAUUGAUAUAUGGGAGGCUCUCCGCACAUUUGAGCCGGGAAGGCGCCGCUGCUGGGAGUCUGUCGGCUGCCCACCUGGGAAAAGAGAGUCGCUCUACCUAACAGAGGGAGGCAGGGAGGCCUUCGACCAGCUCUACCGUCUAUGGGAGGGGGAGAUGAGGGUGGUCAGCACUGCUACACCCUCUCCUCUCCUCCCACUGCCCUUGGACUCUCAGACACAACUGGUAGUUGACCUCCUCAACGUCUUGAUCGGAGUGGCGUCCACGACCUUCCCUCUCAACCAGAGCGUUCAGUUUGACGUCAGACCUGGUGUGUGCGUGUCAGGAGCCUCUCCAGAGAGUGUGUCUCGUCUCUUGGGGGAGCUGGCCCAAUAUGGCACCUACUACUUGAGGCUUAGUCGCUUCUCUCUGCAGAGUGCUGACAAAAAAGGCCUAGUCUUUCAGGCUUUUACAGGUGGUCUGCGGAAGUAUUUGCAUUAUUACAGGGCUUGUGUUCUCAGCACUCCACCCACCCUCAGCCUGUUGACUAUUGGCUUCCUCUUCCGCAAAGUGGGCCGCCAGCUAAGAUACCUGUCAGAACUGUGCUGUGUUGACGGGCCUCUGGGUGCCGGCCAGGCUACCUUCCCUGUGGGUGUUAAACUGCUGUCCUACCUGUACAAUGAAGCACAGAAUAACUGCAGCAACGAGAACUAUCCGGUCCUGCUGUCGCUGCUGAAGAGCAGCUGUGAACCUUAUACACGGUUUGUGUCUGACUGGGUGUAUAGCGGCGUGUUUCGGGAUGUUUACGGAGAAUUCAUGAUCCAGGUCAAUGAAGACUAUCUUGGCUUCAGAGACAAACACUUCUGGAUCCAAGGCUACACUCUGAUCUCAAAAGACGUGGAGGAUUGUGUGCCCAUCUUCCUGAGACACAUUGCCAAUGAUGUUUACGUCUGUGGAAAGACCAUCAACCUCCUCAAGAUCUGUUGCCCACAGCACUACAUCUGCUGGUCGGAGCUGCCGGUUCCUCGCAUUGCAGUCACAUUUUCCCUCCGGGAGGUGGAGGAGAUUGAGAGGGACUGUGCUGUGUACCGUGGACGCAUGGAGAGGGUUGCAAAGCACAGCGCCAUCAGCAGGGAAGAACAAGCCCAGCGAGCAGAGCAGGCACGCCAGGAGCUGAUCAAUCAGGUCAGAGAGUCAGCAGCCAAAACCCUGGAGAGCAUCCGUGGGCGCCAGGUGUCACAACGUCUGGCUGAGGAGGCCAAGAAGAGGGAGCGUUUUGAGGAGCUGAAACAACACCUGGAGCAGGAGCAAGAGUGGCGAAGUGUAGCCAAGAAGAGGCAGGAGGAGGAUGACUUCAGCUUUGCCAGAGAGCUGAGGGACAGAGAAAAGAGACUACAAGCCCUGGAGGAGCAACUGGAGCAGAGAGCCAGGAAGGAGCUGAUAGCUCAGUACAGCCGUCUGUCAGAGGAGGCAGCCCGCAGAGAGAGACGGGCCAUGUGGCGGGUGCAGCGAAUGAGACUUGACGAAGCCCGGGCUCAGUUCUUCAUGCAUGACAGGCAACAGACUCAGGCAAUUCUAGAGAAAUAUCCUUUAGGCCAGGAGAGACCUCCCAUGGAAGUACUGCCACCUGUUCCCUCUGUACAACAGACUGCAUCACAACCAACUCUGGGAUCUCUGGAUCCGUCUGAGCAGCAGCCUGUGGAGACUCAAGAAUCUGAUGUUGUAUCGUCACCACCUGACCCCUCUUCGCCCGCUCUCACUCAACCUACAGUGGACCCUGCCCUCAUCUCUGAGAACAUCGACAUCAAUGAUUUUCUCCCCAAGGCACCAAAUCCUGACAGUCAGCAGGUGGACGCGGCCCUACAGGAGAUCGGCUCUGACCUACCUGUAGUGUGUCCUACUCCACAGUUAGUAGACUAUGACUUCAGUGCCCCCUUUAGUCCGCUCGAGGGUAUCACGGGCCAAGCCUCAGUCCAGCCACGGCCUCGCUGGGGACCUGCAGUCCAGCCUGACUUGAUGCAGAACCACCCCUCUGUUUCUCACAUCCCCACAGGAGAAAACAUUUCUCAAGUCCAACAUGGUCUCCCUACAGCCAGCACUGUUGGCCAGGCAUCCAAAUGUAGCUUUCCUGUAGGCCAAAACACCCCAGAGGAGCCCCAAAAUACAUCUAAAGCAAGCGUUGAUGGACAUUCCUUUCAAGUCUCUGUGCAGCUAGUAGAUGGGAGUAGCUCAGUGGCAGAAAAUAAGCAGACGGAAGUUGAAUCUAUGACAGAACAAAAGACUGAAAUAGGGAAUUUAAAAACUAAAGAAGAAGGUAAAUCUGUUGAGGCUGCAAAAGACAAUAAUGUGGCUGCCCCGUCAACCACACCAGAGCAAGGAGGCAAUGAUAACUGUAAUCACAAAGCAGUGACAAGUCUUACUGACCGUGGUGGGAUUGAUCCACCUGAUGCAAGCACUCAAGACCACAGCACAGAUGCUCAAGAUGUAGCUGGUGAUAAUACUUCUUUGCCAAACAUUAAUGUCUCAAGUGCACACCUAAAAGCAGGUGAACUGAUUUCAGAAGCUGUUGCCCAGCAGCCUUCACCUAGCAUCCACGGACAUUCCUCUGACGCCCACAUAAAGGUUGGAGAGCUUGUAUCCGAGGUAACUGCUCCUCUUCCAUCCCCUAACUUCCAUGGUCAUGCCUCAGAUUCACACAUCAAGAUUGGAGAACAUGUUUCAGAAGUUGUCGCUCCUCUACCUUCCUCCAGUGUUCACGGUCACUCAUCUGAUGCUCACAUUAAAGUCGGCGAAAAUGUUUCAGAGUUUGUUGCUCCUCUUCCUGUUCCAAAUGUCCACGGUCAUGCCUCAGAUGCCCACAUCAAAGUUGGUGAGCAUGUGUCAGAUGUAGCUGCCCCUCUGCCCUCCCCCAACAUUCAUGGUCACAGUUCAGAUGCCCACAUUAAAGUUGGAGAAAAUGUCUCCGAUUUUGUGGCACCACUUCUUGUUCCCAACAUCCACGGUCACUCCUCGGAUGCUAAUAUAAAAGUGGGCGAGUUUGUGUCUAACAUACCUGACGCAAGACCUCGCUGGAGUAAACAUGGGCAUGCCUCAGACUGCAUGCUACAGCCAGGCUGUAUGGUGUCUGGAGUUGAACCCGCCUUGUCUACUCUACCUGGAAGCUCUUACGGUCACUCCUCAGACUCAGCAUUGGCAGUUGGGUGUGUAGUUUCAGGAGAAGAACCCAAACGUUCUCCCCUACCUGGAAGUGCGUUUGGUCAUUCUUCAGACUCAACUUUAGGCAUCGGAUGUGUUGUGACCAAAGCUGAACCACUUCCAUCACCAUUACCGGGCAGCGCCUACGGCCACUCCUCUGAUUCAACGCUGGGCGUGGGUUGUGUGGUGUUGGGGACAGAGCGACAACCCUCUGCACUCCCAGGCAGCACUUAUGGCCACUCAUCAGAUUCUUCCCUUGGAGUUGGGUGUGUGGUGAAAGGCAAAGGCAUCAUAAAUCAGCAGACGACAGAAGAGAAUGAAGAUAGUAAAGGUUCUGAGUCGGACAGUCCUGGUGAGCAGCUGGUGGAGUUCACGGGGUCCUGGCCAGCUGGCUUCGGUUUGUCCCCUGGAGAGAAGUCUGAGCAGGAAUACCUCCUGGCUUUAUGUGCCCAGUACGAAGUGGAACAAUAUGAAGACUGCUACAACCUAAUGGCUUCGUCUCCCGAGUGUCAGCUGCUGAAGCAGGUAACUCGUGGCCCCUGGGGCCUUCCAAUGGACCCCACACUCCGCAGAGCCACCGACACCACCGCCGUCCAACUGAGCGAGAUGGUUUCCCUGCCAGUUCUGAUUAAACAGGCCGUCACUACCCCGCUUAUCACGCAUGUAUCUCUGGUGAACAAGGCUGUGGUGGACUACUUCUUUGUGGAGCUAGGGGUGGAGAGACACUUUGAGGCGCUGCGUCACUUCCUGCUGAUGGAGGAUGGCGAGUUUGCACAGUCCCUCAGCGAUCUGCUCUUUGAAAAGCUGGGCAGCGGCCAGACUCCCGGCGAGCUGCUGACCCCUCUGGUCCUGAACUCCAUCCUCAGCAAGGCCCUGCAGUACAGCCUACAUGGAGACAGCCCGCUAGCUGGUAACUUCACCUUCGCCCUGCGCUUCCUCCCCGAGACCUUCCACCCACACGCCCCCGAUUUUCUCAACUGUCUGGAGCUACGCUACAAGGUGGACUGGCCGUUGAACAUCAUCAUCACAGACAGCUGCAUGAACAAGUACAACCGUCUGUUCUCGUUCCUGCUCCAGCUCAAACACAUGGUGUGGAGCCUCCGUGAGGUCUGGUUCCACCUCAAGAGAACAGCGCUGGUGAAAGGUGCCGGUCGCUCGGUGCAGUUCCAUCAGCUGCAGCUCUACAGACACGAGAUGCAGCAUUUUGUCAAGGUGAUACAGGGCUACAUCGCCAACCAGAUCCUGCAAGUGUCCUGGAGCGAGUUCACAGCCAAGCUGGCCACCGCCAGCGACCUGGACGCCAUCCACCGCACACACGCAGACUACCUCAACAGAGCCAUCUUCAGGGGUUUGCUGACGGAGAAGGCGGCUCCCGUCAUGAACAUCAUCCACAGCAUCUUCAGCCUGAUCCUCAAGUUUCGGGCGCAGCUGAUCGCACAGCCCUGGGGCAGCCAGCAGGGGGAGGCAGUGCACCCCAGCUUCAUCGCCAUGCAGCAGUCGUACAACACCUUCAAAUACUACUCCCACUUCCUUUUCAAAGUUGUGACCAAGCUGGUGAACAGAGGCUACCAGCCUCAUCUAGAAGACUUCCUUCUUCGCAUCAACUUCAACAACUACUACAAAGACUCCUGAGCAAUACACUGGUGUGUAUGUCGUACAUGAGCUAAGUGUGAGUACUUGUCUUAACACAGGCACAUAUUUGUUAGAUACUUACCCAACGCAUCACUGUGUACCAUGACUGUUUACACUUGUAGAGUCCCCUCUGUGUUUAUAAGAUAGAAGACAGAUAAUCAGACGUAUAUAAUAAAUUCAGUUCAUCUGGCCUUCAUUUCAGUGUACUUUAUAUUAAGGCAUGUAUUUGACAUUUAAACCAGUUUAGGCAGUCAAUAUGCAGGAUUUGAACAUGUGUGUGCUUGAUUAAUGGCUUUCCUGCUCAAACUAUGCUGCCAAAGAUUGUAGCUGAGAUGAAGCUGAUGUCUGCUGUAAUGUCUCCUGCUCAGGUGUCUAUGUAGAUUUUAAGUGCAUAUAAAUUGUCAAUUAUCUGUAAAUAGUAAAGCUUAAUGCUUUGUUAAAU